CACAUCUUUUUCGUAUAUAAAUAACUGAAAAUAACGAGAGCGCGCGCCCAAAUCCAUCUUCUUCAAUCCGGAGGAAUUCUAGGGUUUGGAGCUUGGAACGAAAAGGAGCUGGGGUGGUGGUAUACUUCAAUGGCGGAAACGUCGAAUGCGAGGAAACGAGCGAGAGACGAGGAGAAAAACGGUGCCGGUGGAGAAUAUUAUGGGGAAUCCCUAGAGAACAAUCUGGUUUUCUGUGAUACGUUGAUAGCUCUCAGAAUGAUGCGUGCUCAGUUCCCAAAAAUUGAAAAGGUCUCUAUGCAACCUUUCAUCUUGCGCUCGCAAUUGUAUAGUAGUGUCAAGGACAGGACGCAGGUGGAUAGGGAUCUGGAGUCUCUGAAGAAAGAGAAAAUAGUGCUUUUGUUUAAACUAAAUACUGGGCAGGACGAUCAUGCUAUAAUGUUCAUGGAUGAUUAUCUUAAACAGAUGUCAUUUUCUGUGAAGCGGUUGGGGCAAAAUGAUAAUACAGAGGUUUUUGAGUGGUUCGAGCAAUAUGUUAUUGAGUCAAAAUUGGGCGACAGCAUACAACAUGAGGAAUUGUGCUCACUUUUAUCCUAUGGAGGCAGAGUCAAAGAUGAACAUGUAACUUUUUUGAUCAAUGCUGGUCUUCUUACACGUCAGCUGAUUGAUCCAAACUUGUACUGGUUUUCAAUUCCAAAUAUCGGGUCCAUUCUGAAGGGUCUUUCACAGGGAAGAAAAGAACUCCUUUCAUUUUUAAACCGUAGAAAGUACAAGGAAAUGCUACUUGCUCCACUGGAGAAGAAGCGCUUGCGAUUAUCACCACUUGAUAUGCGGUUUCAUCUAAGAGAUCUCAUUGGGUCUGGACACCUCAGAACUGUUCAAACACCCACAGGGUUACUGGUGAGGGUGUCAAAAGAUUAAGUUACGAUGGUUGAUUAUCUGGACAGCAUGAGUCAUUAAGAAAAUACCACAACCUAAGACACAAGAUUAUGCAGCAUUUAUGCUAUAUUUUGUGAUCACUAUCCAGCACAUUUCCUUAGAUGCCAGUUUAUUCAGCAGUAACAUUACAACCCAUUUGGUGCAAGAUUACAUUCUCCAAAGGCGUUUUCAGGAAAAGCAAUUAAUGUCUGAUUUCUCGGUUGCAGCUGGUGUUAAAUUUGAAAGUGUCAUGUUUUAUUGUAUCUGGCAUACAAAUAUUUUGUCUACAUCGGCCUUCGUGUUCCUAUUACGGAUUCAUCAGUUAAACUCCAAAAUUCAUGUAAAAUGUAUUUCAUGGCCAAGCGUUGACCUCUUCUUGAACCAUAUCUGAUCAUUCAUUUAUGGAAUCAUCUUUUUGCCCCCAUUCUUUUCUGUUUGAAUCUAUUCAUAUUGUAUUUGCUUCAUUCAGUUGAGUUGUAGUAUAUUGUUAUUUUUUUCAAUGGCACAGAAAAAAAUGAGGCAGUAUGGCAUAUUUUCCUUGAGCUUGAUAUCAUUUCUUGGAAGCAACAAAAUGAUUAUCUCCGAUUUUUUUCAGCCCCUAGAAAAUAAAAAUCAAAACCUAUGCUACUUGUCAUUGUCAUUUACUAUGCAUCAGUCACAACCAUUUUGCUUUUAUGAUGAAUAUUAUUGAUGACAAUACAUAAAUAAUUCAUAGCCAUGGUACACAAGCUUCUAUCAAAUUUAGUGACUGGUUUGUGACAGUACAAUGUUACCUCUUUUUAGCAUGACUAGUUCACAAACAAUAAAUGGCAUUUAGCAUGCUGUUACUAUCAUCAACUUGUUUGCUAUUGCCUCAAAUAAGGAGUAAUUGAGAUCUUAAACUACUAUUCAAAAUGUUCUGCAAAGUGUUUCACAUGUCUAUUCUUGUCGAUGGCUAUGUUUAAGUAUUAUCUCAUGAUGAAUUUUUAUUGUGUUCAUUGUCCAUAUAUAGUCCCUUUUUUUCACUAAAUGUUUUUAUUUUUUAUUUUUUGUUGAUCAGGAAGUAGGGUUCCAUCUUUCAAUUACUCCGACUUUUUAACUUGUACCAUCAACUUUGAUAGCUCUUCAUUCUUGAGUAUUGAACUCAGUCUACUUUUGAUUCCUCCAGACUUUUUGCUGAGUAGUUGUAACUAUGAUAACAAAUAUGUUGACAUUUUCAUUUGUUCGUCUUUUUGGUUUAUAUCUCAAUUAUUGCAGAGAGUUUCAAUUUUUCGUAUAUCAUCUUUCUCCAUAUGCAAAAGAUUGGACACUUUUUAUGGUGGUUGCAAUCAGCUUAUUUCAUAUUGCAGUCGUUCAAUGAAUUCAGCCGAUCAUUGACAUGUUUCUUCAAAGGUGGAUCGAUUAGUGUAUAUCGGUUCAAGCUAAUAAAAGUUACGUCGAAUUCACAAGUCGUUAUGAAGAUUGUCGAUUUUAGGAAGAGUGAUAGUACUAGAGAGCAUGACCCCAUUGUAACGUGUGUAUUUAAGAGCCAAAGGAUGCUCUUUUGUUUAUCUAUUUUACAAAAGCAUUGAAUUGAUUGUUAGAUUGAUGGACAAUGAACCAAAUAUAUAUAUAUAUAUAUAUAUAUAUAUACAUAUAUGUAUGUUUAAUAGGUGAGUUAGAGAAGAAUAAUGUAUGCAACUUGAUUUUGAGGCUUUUCUUUGAUUUG